AUGCAUGAGCGUGAGGUUGAGACCGAGAACAAGAACUUCUUCGUCGCCGUUGAGCGUACCCUCGAGGGCGAAUGCGAAGUUGAGUAUACCGGCACCCCAAUUGAGAACGAUAGGAUGCUCUGGACCAAAUCCAUCAACUUCCAGAAGUGCACCGUACGUCCAGAGGUGCAAUAUGGCAUCCGCAUGCAUGACAUGAAGAAGACCUAUGACGAAAAGCUGUUCAGCACCGUGAUGAAGUUCGAAGUGACUGGCAACCGCGAUGAGUAUCUCGUCCGCGAUGUUGAACUCGAGUCCCGCUAUAAGCUGGUGCCUCUUUCUGAGAAGCAUGAACUCAUCACCUCCUUUGUCAACAACAAGCUGACCCUCAUCUAUGCAGGCCGUGUUGAGACUCGCAUCCCUAACGUAAACUUCCACCACAGAGAGAAUCUUAUCUACAAUUCUGGAUGGGAGGUUGCUGAAGAGAAGUUCGCCAUGACUGGUGAGGAAACUUAUCUCCAGCUCAUCCCAGAGUGGAAGAACAAGAUGGUGCACAUCGAGAAGAUCAUUAAGAAAAUGAUUCAUCAUAUGGAGGAGAAGGUCGAUCUUGAGACCACCCAUCUCUUCGCCCGCCUUGUCAAGUUGCUUCGCCUCUGCCGCGAACGUGAACUCAUGCAGAUCGAGAGCUUCAUGGUGGGACACGAGAACGUGCUCCACAAGAUUCGCUCCAUGUACUACGAUGCCCUCGCUAUGGCCGGAACCAAAGUGACUGUCACCUACCUGAUGAGGAAAAUCGUCGACGAAAGGAUCGAGCAUCUAAAAGCAGCUCGUCUAUUAAAAUCCCUUGCCGAGGUCCGCAUCCCAUCCGAACACAUCGCUAACGAGGUUCUUCGCGUCUGUGAGAGCCCUGUUGCCGAGAAAGUCCCAUACUUGAAGCAAUCCUGCUGGCUCACCUAUGGUGCUAUCUUCCACGGACUCUGCAACAACAAGAUGCUUGCUGUGCUCCAUAAGGAGAAAGUGUGCAACCGCGAG